ACAAUAAGAUCAGGACAAAAACUACUGAAGAAGAAAACCACUGAAGAAAAAAGAAGUGGAGGAUGGUUUGGUAGUUUCUGGGCUAGAAAAGAAUCUAGGAAAAAGGAAGAUGAAGAAUCACCUGUUCCUGAAACUAUCGAUGAAUUAAUGACACCAGAAGAGAAAGCUAAGCUUUUUACUGCUAUUGGAUAUAGUGACAGCUCACGUGACCUUUCCUUGCCAAAGCAGUACGUGGCCCAUGUUGUGACGCUGAAGCUGUUAAGCACUUCUCUUACAAUUAAAGAAGACAAGAACGUGGCAGAAACGCUUAAAGUACAGAUAAUUGAUCUGAGUACCAAAAUAUCACAGCGCCCAGGAGCACAAGCCAUUAAGGUUGAAGCAAAGCUUGAAAACUGGUACGUUACAGGCUUGAGACAAGCAGACAUUGUACCAUCUCUUGUGGCUUCCAUAGGGGAUAGCAAGUCUUCUCUGCUUAAGAUAGAGUUCAAUGUUAACCCAGAGGAUAGUACUGCUGACCAGAGUCUUACCAUUGAAUCACAGCCUGUGGAAAUAAAAUACGAUGCAAAAACAAUAAAUGCAAUGGUAGAAUUCUUUCAGACAAGUAAGGGAAUGGACCUUGAAAGAUUAACAUCAGCCACAUUAAUGAAGCUGGAAGAAAUCAAGGAAAGAACCGCUACAGGAUUAGUUCACAUUAUUGAAAUGCGGAAAGUCCUUGACUUGAGGAUUAAUCUGAAACCUUCCUACCUUGUGGUUCCACAGACGGGUUUCUUCCAUGAAAAAUCAGAUUUGCUAAUUUUGGACUUUGGUACAUUUCAGCUGAACAGCAUAAAUCAAG